AUGUCUUCCAAACCCACGUGUUUGAUCGUGGCCAGUGCGUCUGCGCAGGGUGUCUCUGCACAGUGCUUCCAAAAGGCGUUCAGUCUGUGCAGUCCAGCCUUCAACCUGCAGACAGCGACUCCAGGGGGGAAGCCCAUAAACUUUGUGGGGGUGGAUGAGAGCACGGCUCGAUGGGUCCAGGACUUCAAUGUCAAACCAUAUGCGACACCAGCAAAACUAGAAUCCAUCGAUGGGGCCCGGUACCAGGUGCUGCUGAUCCCAGACUGUCCAGGGGCCCCCACAGACCUGGUCCACAGCGGGUCCCUGCACCGCAUCCUCACACACUUCAUCUGCAGCCAGAAGCCGGUGUGUGCCGUGGGGCAGGGCGUGGCUGCUCUGUGCUGUGAGACUGAAGGACAGAAGUGGAUCUUCCAUGGAUACAGCCUCACGGGGCCGUCUGUGUUCGAGUUGGUGCGAAAACCCGACUUUGCCGAUCUGCCGCUGAUCGUGGAGGACUUUGUGAAGGACAGCGGCGGCUCCUACUCGGCGAGUCUGGAGGACGCGGUGCACGUAGUGAUCGACCGACACCUCAUCACCGGACAGAACGUCAGGUCCACGUCACUCGCCGUCAACAACCUCAUCCUCCUCAGUUCCAAGUAG